GCCAGCCGUCCACGCGCGGGGGAGGAGGUCGCCGGCCGUCCGCGCGCGGGGGACGAGGUCGCCGGCGUCCGCGCACGGGGGAGGAGCUCGCCGCCGGCCGUCCGCGCGCUGGGGACGAGGUCGCCGGAAUCCGCGCACGGGGGAGGAGCUCGCGGACCAUCCGUGUGCCACCGCGACGCCAUCGUCACCUCUCCCCGGCCGGCCAUUGUCACCUCUCCUCUUCGUGCUUCGUUGCUUCGGCCAGCCGCCUCUAGUGAUGGAAGGUGAGAGGCGUGGAAAAGAUGAAAGAGAGAGGGGGAGAGAUGACGAUGACAUGUGGGGCCCACGUGUCGGUGGGUCCCACAUUUUUUUUUGAAUGACAUGUCGGUCCCACAAUUUUUUUAACUCUAAUGCCACGUAAGCGACACGUCGACGACACGUGGGACGAAGAGCGGGUCAACACUGCCACGUAGGCGCCACAUCAGCCAAAACCGCUUCCAAAACCACCAAAGGAUAUAGUUUGCAUCGGUUUUGAUAGUUGGAGGAGUCUAUAUACCUGGUUUUGUGGUUCGAGGAUAUGAAUCAUACUAGUUGAGGGAGUCAAAGUAUAAUUUUUCCUUUUUUUUUCCCACCGGGCCACGGCGCCCAUGGGCCAGGCCCAGGCGAGGCAUCCUAUUCCGUGACGUGGAUAAAUUUCUUUUUCGUCUCCCCUGAUCGCUUCUUUCCCCAUCGAGAGUUCGCCAGAAGGAAGAAACCUAACCCUAAGAUUGCGAUUCGGCGGCAGCGACGAGGCGCGGGCGGAGAUGAGGAGGCCCACCAUAGAAGAGAAACUGGCGACCUACUCCAUGUUCCAGGUUCGUCAGGGAUCCACCGUCCCGAUCACCGCGCGGGAGUGGCUGGACUCUGUGAUGGCUGGAGUUGGCUCGAUCUCUCUGGCGGUGCGGGGUGCUGGCUCGAUCUCGGCGGCGGCAGGAGCGGGAGAUGGGGCUUGCUCGAGCUCAGUGGCGGUGGCGGGGACUGGCUCGAUCUCGGCGGCGGGAGCGGCAGAUGGGCCUUCCUCAAGCUCAGUGGCGGUGGCGGGGACUGGCUUGAUCUCGGCGGCGGGAGCGGCAGAUGGGGCUUGCUCGAGCUCAGUGGCGGUGGCGGGGACUGGCUCGAUCUCGGCGGCGCGAGCGGGAGAUGGGCCUUUCUCGAGCUCAGUGGCGGGGGCGGGGGCUGGCUCCAUCUCGGCGACGGCGGGAGCGGGACAUGGAGCUGGGUCGAGCUCAGUUGCGGCGGCGGGGUCAGGCGAAGCCCCGGCGAGGAGGAAGAGGACGCCUGGGAGAUGGAGGAGGAUCCCUCGCACGCUACCUCAUCCUUGCCUGAGAAAGAGGCCCAUGACAUGGGAGGAGCUUCUCGCGGACAGCUUGGACAUGAGCGAUGAGGUUCACUGCUUCAGAGAGGAGGAUAAGCCCGCUUUCCGCAAGUCCAAGGCGCAGAUGGCCAGGUUCUAUCAGAGGAUGAUCGACAUCGAGAAUAACAAGAUCAAACAAAUCUUCCGACCCCGCGUCCCAUCCGAUACACAACACAAUCUGGAUGGGCUUGACCAAGGUUUCAUGCAUGUUGGCGAGCAACAUUUGACCGCAGAAGAGAUGGAGGCAGAGUUCGCUGGCAAGAAAGUUUCUUCCCAAGCUUGUCACUUUGCCAAUUUAGCAAUUAACCACUACAACAAUAUUGAGGAGAACAUUGUUAAGAUUGAGCUUUGUACUGUUCUUUUAUCAAAUUGUUUUCAUGAGAUCUGUGGGUCCACAUACGCCCAUGUCAACUUUACUGCCAGGGCUGAGGAUGAUGAUCAGGCUAAGAAGAGACUAUACUUUGCAGAGCUCAAGUUGAAUCCGGAUCUUCUGGCAAAGAGGAGGGAACGCUUUGUAGAGUUGAGCCUUGAUCCAAAUAUUGUUGGAUGUGCUGAUGAUAUCGAGCCCAUGUGUGUCGUCUCUAUACACAAUCUUCAGGGUUCUUGUUUUGGUGGAUGCCAUGAGAUCAACAGGAGAAUUGAUUAUGUAAUGAUCAGGAAUCAGGACUACGAGCGUUGUCACGCAUGUAGCGAUCGUAUCAAGCAUCCAUACGGGACAGAAUUUAUUGCAGGGCAUGAUAGUUCCAAGAUUCCGUAUUACACUGCAGGCUGAUGUAAUAAUAAUAUGAUUAGAGCUAUGACUUGGAGUAUUGUUAGAAUUUAGACUCUUUAUUUAUGCUUUGACAUCUAUGUGCGCGAGUGAUCUCUUCUAAUGCGCAAAUAUUACCUGAUGAAGUAGCCAGGAUCUUUAAUGAAGCCUCUAUGGUAUGUCUACUGUAACCAGGAUCAUUAAUGCUCUAUUCAGUUGCUCCCUCUGGGCUAGUAUUAUUAGUGGAUGAAGAAAAUUGUCGUUUGAA